GAGCUAGUAGGCAUAUCACUAGUGUAUACAUACCCAUUCGAUAGUAACGAACCCCUGUGCUAUUGUAUUUAAACUGAUACCGUGGAAUUCAUACAUCUAUACAGCCAUCAUGUAUUGUGACACCUGCCGGGGGACAUCCACACAUUCUUUCCGCGUUUGAUUGUUUAUCUAUUCUAGGGACCCAUUAUUUGUUAAAGUAACUGCGUUCAAUACAUAAUCACCUGUUUACGCGUGUGACGUCACUAGUUCCAAUUGGAUUCACCAGGUAAGAAGAUGGAGGUAUGGAUACAUCACGUUGGUGUCUGUCUGCUGUUUAUGACAUCAUGGGAUGGUUGUUUAGCAGACGAAGGGUGGUUUUGGCACGUGACCGACUUCCAUUACGACUUUUCCUACUCCGGCCUUGACCUUUCCUGUAACGAUGUCGUCACAAAUCACGGAAAGUAUGGGAAUUAUUGGUGUGACUCCCCCUGGCGUCUCAUUAAUUCAAGCGUUGAAGCCAUGAAAAAGUUCAAACUGGAUGUGGAUUUUAUCUUAUGGACUGGUGACAGUGUCUUACAUACUCGGGACGAACAUCUCAGCCUCGAUAUCAAUGAUGGAAUCCUAACCAACAUAACAACCCUGCUGAAGCAAGCGUUUGGAUCCACCAGAAUUUACGCUACUUUCGGUAACCAUGACUACUUCCCAGAUGCUCAGUUUCCACCUAACAACAACGAGUUGUACAAUCGGACAUUGGAAAAUUGGUUAACUUGGAUAAGUGACGAAAGAGAAAAAGAAAACUUUCUGAAAGGUGCUUAUUACAGCGCGGUUACUGAUCACGGAAUCCGGAUAGUUGCCCUAAACACAAAUUUAUAUUAUACAUCUGAUAAACUAACUGCAAAUCUCACCGACCCUGCUGGUCAGUUUGCCUGGCUUGAGACUCUGCUGACCAACUCUUCCGUCAACAACGAAAAGGUACUCAUAACCGGUCACGUGCCACCUGGAGUGGUUGAUACGAUGAGCAAACCUUGGAUGUAUCAACAUUUCAACAAGAAGAUGAAUGACAUCAUUUUAAAAUAUUCUGACGUCAUUAUCGGCCUCCAUUUCGGUCACGAGCAUAUGGAUAAUUUCCGACUCUACAGGAAAUCUGACGUUCCCGUGGCUGUUCUGUUCUCCGCCCCGUCUGUCACUCCAUGGCGGUAUAAGAUCCCUACACAGACUGGCGCCGCCCAUAACCCCGCCAUCCGGCUGGUACACUACGACCGGCAGACGGGCCGACAGAUAAACAUGAUAACGUAUUACAUGGACCUACCUGCUAGUAACGCACUGGGCGAACCCCAAUGGGCGGAGGAAUACAACGCUAUCAGGGACUACGCUAUCGCCGACCUGUCUCCGACCUCAAUUAACACACUCAUAGACAGGAUAGACGUGUCAGGGAGUCCGGAAUUCGACAAAUAUUGGAAAUGGCGUGUUGUCAAUGUCCCUGAUGAAUUGUUGGAGGAAUGUAAUGAGGCUUGUAACGCUAAUAUUGUUUGUCAGUUUCGUCAUGUGGACCAAGCGUCAUACGACGCAUGCGUGUUGAAAGCUAUUGGCAAUUCGACAUGUUUGGUGCCAAGUUUAGCAUGGGUUCUUGUGUUCGCUCUUUUAGGACUGGCAUCGUACGCUUGGACAACUAUCUAGGCCUUAAAUGAGACCGUCAGAGAGUGUCGAGUAUCCGCAGUUAGCUCCCUUUACAUACUAUUAUAGUGCAUGUUAAAAUUUAAAAUUGAGGGACGUCCUGAAAUUAAUCUUUGUCGUUACCAACCUAGAACCAGUAUUAACUGAAAACAAUUUGGCUUCAAACUAAGCCAGUUAUCGAUGGUUAUUUACUAGAAUAAAAUCAUGAAUCAGAGUAUUAAAUACAUGAUCAUCCCACGAACCUGUCCGGUAUCGUGUAUUCGAGCGCGAAGAAGACGUCCUUAGUUAUAGUGUAUGAAUGAAAGAUUUAUAAAAUGAUUUUCUUUUUAAUCCUCCUCGAUUUUAUUGCAAAUAUACUGCAAGUAUUUAAAUUGGAUCUAUCAACAUGCAAGUUUUAUGUUAUCUUCGGAAUGUCAUUUUUUAACAUUGAAUUUUAACUAUUUCUAUAAUGUUAAUUCCCGUAAGACAUCUGUCAAAAAUUCUAAAAUUCUUGUUACUUUUUGGCUUUUAUAAGAAGUGUUCCAAUUGUUUUUACAUCAUCACUACAUAAAGAACAUUGAAUGGAUACAUAUAGUAGAACAUUAUUGUAUGUUAGAUUUAAAUUCAAAGUUGUUAUGUUAUUAUUCCAAGUUCCCAUUUUGAGAAUGCUAUUUAACCUGGAAAUAACCUAGAUAUGUAUGGUAUUUUGAGAAUCCUACUUAACCUAAAAUAACCUAGAUACGUGUAUAUCGUGUAUGUAUGAUAUUUUGAGAAUGUUACUUAACCCGGAAAUAACCUAGAUAUGUAUGGUAUUUUGAGAAUCCUACUUAACCUAAAAUAACCUAGAUACGUGUAUAUCGUGUAUGUAUGAUAUUUUGAGAAUGUUACUUAACCCGGAAAUAACCUAGAUAUGUAUGGUAUUUUGAGAAUGCUACUUAGCCUAAAAUAACCUAGAUCUGUAUGCUUCUUACCAUGAAAAUAACGUAGAUAUGUAUGGUAUUUUGAGAAUGUUACUUAACCCUGUAAUAACCUAGAUCUGUAUGGUAUUAGAAUGUUACUUACCCUGAAAUAACCUAAAUAUGUAUAGUAUUUUGAGAAUGCUACUUACCCUGAAAAUAACCCAGAUAUGUAUGGUAUUUUGAGAAUGCUUCUUACCCUGAAAAACAACCUAGAUAUGUAUGGUAUUUUGAGAAUGCUUCCUACCCUGAAAAACAACCUAGAUAUGUAUGGUAUUUUGCGAAUGCUUCUUACCCUGAACAUAACGUAGAUAUGUAUGGUAUUUUGAGAAUGCUUCUUACCCUGAAAAUAACGUAGAUAUGUAUGGUAUUUUGAGAAUGCUUCUUACCCUUAAAAUAUAUGUUUAAAAUAUAUUUAGAUAUGUAUGGUCGAAGCAGAAGACGCUUACGCAUUGGUAACACAUAACAAAUUCUCUUUUUCAAUGGUCUCCAUCCCCAGAUAUAUAUUUUUGUGCAUGUUUCCCCCUUCUUUUUGUCGAUUUUGGGUAAGAACUAUGUCGACAUUUGCUGUGUAGUAGUUACAAUAUGUUACCUAUGCAGUGGAGGCGCGUGGUUCGUCGCUCCCUACCGGGUUGUGUUUCUCGGGAAGCUACGAAACUGGCAGGCCUGCGUUGUCCUGGUUGUUACCUUGGGUAAGGCACUUUGUCCUUAUUGCUUUUGAUGUGACGAGGCACCAUACAGAUCAUGCUGUUUAUAUAUUGUAGGUGAGAUUCCACAGUAUUUUUGAAUUGUCAUUCCUGCUUUCAGAUAUACAUUGUUAUCAAUAUUGUAACUUAGAACAAUGUAUAUAUAUUAUCUAGUAAAAUAGGAUAAUAAUUCUGCUGAAAUGUAUAAAUAUGUCUACAUAUAUGGUCAAAGAAGUCAUAUAAACGAUAAUUUCCGGAUACCACUGGAUCCUUGCAAACGUAUGUGAGGAAGAUAUGAAUUACUUGAAAUGGGAGAAAUUAAUUCCAACAGUGUGGACAAUGAAAUAUGUCAAAUUUGAGAAGCAACCCGCCCCUUUAUCAAGACACAAUAUAAGCGGUAAUUUUCCGGAUAAAACUGGAUCCUUAUGUGCACAUACAUAUAUUUGUGUAACCCUAGAUUGUGUUCAGAGGCUGAAGCAUGUUUGUUUCAAAAUGUUGACUCCAAAAUACAAUGAAAAAUAAUAUUGUUGCUUUAAGGUCAUUUAUUGAAUGAAUGAUAAACUCUUGCGAGUCCACAAUAUAUCAUUAUUCAAAAUGAUUAAUGUUUGAUGUUAUAGAAAAACACAGUGUAUUUACUUCAUAUAAUGGUGUAGCAACAAAGAUGGGGAUACAAAGGAUGGCCCGUUGAUUAGCAUUUGGAACAUGCAUUGGAUACAGCGUAUGUUGCUCAGUGUUCAUCAUCAACAUAAUGGUUGCCAUACACAGGCAAUAUUUUUUCACGUGAAAUUCACGUGAAAUUCAUGUGAAUUUCAGGUGAAGGAAUUUUGCCUGUAUAUCGCAUGUAAAGUUCUGUAAAAUGAUGCAAAAUUAUACAUCUUUUCAUGCUUGGUUGCAUCCAAUUUCAAAUCUCUCUGAUUUGUUAAUACUUUUUGCUGCUAGUUGAAUGCUAUCGACAAUAAACUAUUUUCAAAUUGAUAAAAUAUGCAUUAUAGAGAGCGGCUGGGCAAUGGUAGUUGGUUUCAUCGACCCGUUUGCUUUUUGAAUCAAAUAUGAUUUAAUAAUACAUGCAAAAUUGCCUUUUGUAUCAAUGUAAAAUAAAAACAAGUGUACAAUUUCAUUUCUUUUGUAACUCGACAAACAACUCCUACAUUCGUAGCAAUCCAUUGGUCCCAUAUAAAAAAAAAAGAAAAAGAAAAAAGAAUGCGAAUAUAUGCAAUCAUUUUUGCAAAUAUACGCAAAAGUUCUUAGUGUUAGGUAAUGCAUAUGUUCGCAUGUUAUUUUUCUUUCUUUCAAACUUCAUUUGGGAUCAUUUGACUUCCGUAUCUGCUCUAUGAAGCAAAUGGUGAAAGGAAAACACUUUUUUUUUUCAAUACCUGGCUUCACUACAAUUGGGUUUGAAGCACCAUGAGGGAGUUAAGAUUUGUAUAAACAGUGAUAAGUCUUGAUGGCAAGGGGCGAGUCUGACACUCCCCUUGAUGGAGAAGGAGUGUCCUAAUAUGGAUAUUGAAGUAAGUCGAUUAAGAUCUGUCUAUAUUAUUUGAUGAUUUCUUAUUAAAUUAGGUCCGGAACUUUAUAAGUUGGAGGCGAUUCAUUGGAGACUCGGAGGGUACUAUUACUCUCCUUGGAGUGUCUGUUGCGGAGUUCUUCUUCUUCUUCUUCUUCUUGUAUAUUGUCUAACCUCUCAUGAAGAUGAAAUGAAGUCAAAAUCAGAAAUCAGUUAACAAAGAGCGCUUCUCAGUUGAAUUUCCUUUGGAAACAUCUUUGGAACCAAAAAGCUAAAUGCUAAAUUUCAAGUUUUGACUUCAAUGGAAAGGGGAAUCUCAAAAUUGAACAUCUACUUACCCUUAGGGAAAUAUAUCUAUUUUGAUUAAUCUUUAUUAGUAUGAAAAUAUCGUAUAUCGACCUCACCGCGGCUCCUUUUGUUAAAUGUCCAAAAGAAAAUGAGGCCCUUUCUAUACUGGGGAUCUUCUUCCGCAUCAUCCUUUAUUUUAAACAUUUUUCAUUUGCAAAUAAACACAGGAACACAGGGAUUUAUUUCACAUUAUAAAACACGCUUCCCGACAUACUCUAAAAACAAAUACAGACUACUGUACAAUGAACCCAGACAAUGUCAAUGGAUUAUAAAUAUUGUUUAUAUUUGAAUUAAAAUCGUGAGAUAAAAAUAAUUUGUUUGAUUUGUUGUUACGAUACAUGUGUAUAAACACAUCAGCAUUUACUAUUUAAUCUAAAUCUAAAAUAAUUUGCGCCUCUUCAAUUCGAUUGUCCGGAUAUUUCUUACCCGUCGGCUUCCAUUAUAAUUAUUUGUUGUUCAUGUCACAUUUGUCGCUCGGCCUUUCGGAAACUUUCUACUAAGAAAACGGCUUUCUGUAAUCUGUCAAAAUCUGAAUCCUGAUAUUUGACAUUGUAUAUACCUGGGAUAGAUUGUUACAAAAUCUAAUCAUAUCAAUGGCCUUGACCUGCUUGCAAGGUCAUAAAGUAAGAAUCUGAAGAUACACAGGGUCUAUUGCCAUGGUACUUGUGUAUUUUAAAUACUGGAGAAAAGUUUUCUUCAUUCCUCCGAAGAUCUGUUGUCAUUCGGCCAAUAAGCAAUAGGGAAUCAAUGCUAUCCUGUAUAUAUGACACUGAUGUUCAUUCAAGGCCAUAAAGGUAAAUAAGUUUAAACGUUAAUGCAUAUCAGUAAUUUAUUUGAUAAUAGUGUAGUGAUUAUGCGAGCAAGACAGACCCUUUGGGGCUAUACUAUUAUGUACACUUAUGGAAAUACAAAUUUUCACGUUUUUUUA